CCAACUCAACCCAAACUAUGAAGGCCCAAAUAAACUGAACUAAAACCCUAGCUUUCCCAAUCCUAUAAUUCUCUAGGCUUCGUUUCCCAUCUCACUGCAGCGGCUACAACCAUGGGUGCAUACACUUAUGUGUCGGAGCUAUGGAAGAAGAAGCAAUCCGAUGUGAUGCGAUUCCUGCUUAGGGUUCGCUGCUGGGAGUAUCGCCAGCUUCCCGCUGUUGUUCGCGUUACUCGCCCCACCCGCCCCGACAAGGCGCGCCGCCUCGGAUACAAGGCCAAGCAGGGAUAUGUGAUCUACCGAGUUCGUAUUAGAAGAGGUGGAAGGAAGAGGCCAGUCUCCAAGGGUAUUGUGUACGGAAAGCCCACUAACCAGGGAGUCACCCAGCUCAAGUUCCAACGUAGCAAGAGAUCAGUUGCUGAGGAACGUGCUGGACGGAAACUAGGUGGCCUUAGGGUCCUGAGUUCUUACUGGAUCAAUGAGGACUCAACCUACAAGUACUUCGAAGUAAUCUUGAUUGACCCAGCUCACACUACCAUCCGCAACGACCCAAGGAUCAACUGGAUCGUUAACCCGGUCCACAAACAUAGAGAGCUACGAGGACUUACCUCUGCUGGAAAGAAGUACAGGGGUCUCAGAGGCAGGGGUCACUUGCACCACAAGGCACGCCCAUCAAGGAGGGCCACAUGGAAGAGAAACCAGACCCUAUCCCUCCGUCGUUACCGUUGAUCGUGAAGCCCUUUCGUUUCAGUCAAAAAAGUUGUCUGGUAACUAUUUUACUAGGAGUUUUUGGACAUUCUCGAAGAAGUUUUGUGCUAUUCUGUUGAAACAUGAUUUGGUUGUUAAAUUUUAUAUUUGAAACAUACAUCUUCAAUCUGACAGUUUAAAAUCCAGAAAUUUGUUUUGGAUA